AUGACUUUUGAUUAUCACAACGCCACCAUCGGAUACCGGCUUUCUGUGGCUGACCUGGCCUUGGCCGAAAUUCCGCAAUUACCCGCAUCUCCGCGGAGAGGUGGGAACGAGCAAAUCGACAUCACGAAAUGUGCUGGAGCUGCGAUCGAGAACGGGAUAUCGACCCUAGCGAGUGGAGGGGUUGCGCAGUGGUGGAUGACAAUUGUCGUGCAGGUGCAGCACGAGUGCAUGGCUGAUGCAAGUGAGCCGAUUUCGGACGCAUCGAGAGAAAUGAAUUCUACUUGCUGUAACAUUCCAAUACGCCACGGUAGUACUGACCGCAGAAGUGGAUUUUCGUCAAUCUACGUUAGCAAAUUUCAACCUGUGGGCUGGAACUGGCUAUACUGUGUCACCCUUGUGGAACAGAGUUUGACUGUGAGGGGUAGGAACAUAUUUAUAUCCCUACGCAAUGAGUUCCAUGUUGCCGUGAAGGUCUGGAAACUACGUCGUCAUUUGAAGGAUGUUGGAGGGAUUUUCGGGAUCAAACUCUCCCUUCCUAAUUUCCCCUCUCUGUACCCAUCUAUUUAUGCUUUAGGUAGUUCAAAUCCGUUCUGUUACAAAAUCCCCACUCAACCUACUGCAUUCUAUAAUCGUUUACGUCAGGGAGAGGCCUCGAUUGCUGUAACCGCAGUGGCAAAUUUAAUCUUUAUGGUUUCAGUAUCCAUUAUUGGAUACAGCACUUAUGUGUACAUCUGUAGGUCGAGAUCUCCGCUCGCAAAGAUACUAAAAGUGCACUGGGUGCACGAUCGGUGCGAUCUAAUCGAGCCUACGAAAAGCAGAGCUGGUACAGGAGCUUUUGGAAUUUGGGGUGCCAAACCUGUUCACAUUCGAGGGUAUUUCGCUCCAUUCAGAGAGAAGGAGCGCUCUUUUGAGGAUUUAUUGCCGAAACAUGCAGAAACCAGAGAGUCAUUGGGGAUCCUCGGAGCCAUGCUCUCAGUAGCUAUGGACAUUGCUACGGCGUUCCUGUUCGGCUUUACCGCAAUCUUCAAAGCUGCGCCCCAUACGCAUUCUUUCCCCAGGAAGAAGCUUGGCAUCAGAAUCACACCAAAGUCCCUGGCUUCCAUACGCGCCAAAGAAUAUAUAGUAUACGAGCAGCUAUUCGCCUCGCCAAUAUUAAGAGACGUAGAAAUCUCAAGAAAUGAAAACACAGCUAUUGCACCUAAAAUGAAAGAUUCUACCAGGAACAAAACAGAAUGUUGUGGUGCAGUCGUCGGUCAUGAAACAUCAGGAAUGAACUCUGACCCUUGUUCACUCGACGCGCUCCAAACAAGGAACGGCUGGAUGUCGCCUUGCUUGACUAACUUCCCUUACUCCAUGCCUACAUCUAGGAAGGCUCAAACCUGUCUGAUGCCGGAACGUGGGAAUAUCCAAUUGGGUAGCUAUACCCACAUCCCUGGAGGGGUUCGAGCACUGCUCGGGCCGGUUGCCUCCACCAGAAUCCAGAAGUAUAUCCGAGACCGCAUUCGUUCCUACCUCAUUGGUGGUGGACAUUCGGUAGUGGAGGUAAGGUUUGCCUUGGGACCCAUUUCGCUUUGCACGGCAAGUGGAUUGUAUACGGUUAGCACCACACGCCCAGCUAAUCACGGUGUCUUCACCACUAGCGAGCCCGCCACGCUCGUGAUUCCUUGGGCGGGAGUUCCUGGCGCUGAUGGCUCCCGCAAGCUCUGGAAGCUGGGUAGUUGUGGUGGCGAAUUAUCUCAGCUAGCUCAGCCGAUUGGGGAGAGAAGGGGCGAAGCUCCGACAGGGGCAGAGCCCCUGAUACCCUUGCUAGUCAACAUAAACCCAUGCUAG